CUCGCGUGCGCUACGUGCCCGGAAGCAGCGCGAGCGGACACGCGGAGGGAGCGUAGAGUUUCGUGGCUACUGAGUGAGCAAGAAAGGGGGCAAGAGAGGUUAGGGAACGCUUCGCCCCGUGGUACGGGAGCCUGUAAGAGACAAAAAGCGAAGAGCCCCCCCCCCCCUCUCUCUCUCUCUCUCGCCAACUUUCUGGCUGGAUGUGGCAUAAUGCCCGGCGUUGCUGUCCGUAAGAACCAGGAACGGGACCGAGACAACGCCAUGGAGCCACCGACAGCUGAUGACUUUGCGAAGGAAAGAUAUGGAAUUUUACCGAUGAUACAAUCGCAAGAAAAGCCAGAUCGUGUGUUGGUUCGAAUAAAGGACUUGACAGGAGAGAAAGCUGAUGAAGUCGUCUGGGUUCGUGGCAGGAUUCAUACCAGCAGAGCAAAAGGAAAACAGUGCUUCUUAGUCCUACGUCAGCAGCAGUUUAAUGUCCAAGCUCUAGUGGCUGUGGGAGACCAUGCAAGUAAGCAGAUGGUAAAGUUUGCUGCCAACAUCAACAAGGAGAGCAUUGUUGACAUUGAAGGUGUUGUAAGAAAAGUGCCACAUAAAAUUGGAAGCUGCACUCAGCAAGAUGUUGAACUGCAUGUUCAAAGGAUAUAUGUGAUCAGUUUGGCUGAACCCCGACUGCCCUUGCAGCUGGAUGAUGCUAUUCGGCCAGAAGUGGAAGGAGAAGAGGAAGGAAGAGCUACUGUGAAUCAGGAUACAAGGUUGGACAACAGAGUAAUUGACUUGAGGACCUGUACUAGCCAAGCUGUCUUUCGCCUCCAGUCUGGUAUUUGCCAGCUUUUUCGAGAAACACUCAUUCACAAGGGGUUUGUGGAAAUUCAAACUCCAAAGAUAAUUUCUGCUGCCAGUGAAGGUGGUGCCAAUGUAUUUACUGUUUCCUACUUCAAAAAUAAUGCCUACCUUGCACAGUCCCCACAGCUUUACAAGCAGAUGUGUAUUUGUGCUGAUUUUGACAAGGUUUUCUGCAUUGGGCCAGUAUUUAGAGCAGAAGACUCGAACACUCACAGACACCUGACAGAGUUUGUUGGUCUGGAUAUUGAAAUGGCUUUUAAUUACCAUUAUCACGAAGUGGUGGAAGAGAUUGCAGACACUAUGGUGCAGAUAUUCAAAGGACUCCAGGAAAGGUUUCAAACUGAAAUCCAAACUGUGAACAAGCAGUUUCCAUGUGAGCCAUUCAAGUUCUUGGAGCCAACUCUGAGGCUGGAAUACCGGGAAGGCCUGGCUAUGCUUCGUGAAGCUGGAGUAGAGAUGGGCGAUGAAGAUGAUCUCAGUACACCAAAUGAAAAACUCUUGGGUCGCCUGGUGAAAGAAAAGUAUGACACGGACUUCUACAUUCUUGACAAAUACCCUCUGGCUGUUAGACCUUUCUAUACAAUGCCAGACCCAGCAAAUCCCAAAACCUCCAACUCUUAUGAUAUGUUCAUGAGAGGAGAAGAGAUUCUGUCUGGAGCACAGCGAGUUCAUGAUCCACAGUUGCUGACUGAAAGAGCCUUGCAUCAUGGCAUUGAUUUAGAGAAAAUCAAGGCUUAUAUCGAUUCCUUUCGCUUUGGUGCACCUCCUCAUGCUGGUGGUGGCAUAGGGUUGGAAAGAGUCACCAUGCUGUAUCUUGGGUUGAGCAAUGUCCGGCAAACAUCCAUGUUCCCCCGUGAUCCCAAACGUCUGACACCUUAAGAAGACUGAAGUGUUGAAUUUCAGUGCAGUUCUUGCUCUGAAAGACCCAGCAUAAAUGCAACAUGCAGCAAGAGGACAUCUAAUCUACUGAAGUGCCACAGUAACAAAAGUUCAACUCAUUUAUUCCUAUUUGAAAUCAAUAACAUUAACAUACUUUAUUCCGGUGUAGAAAUGUCAUAUAUUUUUAAGGAAAUUACUUGAAUUCAAGAGUACUACUGUCACCCUGUACUUUACACACUUGCUAACAAUUGAAUUUUAAUAAGUUCAUAGCAGUGCUAUACAAAUAUAUUUGUUUUUAAAUACAUGGCAGUAAACUUCAAGUUGUAGAAUUUGAUAAACUGUAAUGAGCAAAAUUUGGAAAAUAGCAACUCGGACAAGGAUUAAUUUAGAAAAAUAACUGAAUAAUAGUGGACAAAUUUAACCUUACUAAAUUGUAAAUGCAGGUUGCAAUAAAACUUCUAAAUAUC